AUCUCUCAAUCUCAGUUAGUUCCUUCGAAGAAAUGGCAAACGAUCGGUUCCCUUGGAAGACUCUCACAGUAUUGCUUAAUCUCCUUUGCUUCACCGUUCUAUGCGUAGCUCUCGAAUCACCACAGUACUCGGUUAUUCACAAGGAAUCAGAUUUCGAAAUCCGACGAUACAGAGACCUGGUAUGGAUGUCUGCCCCAGUCAAAGAGGUCUCCUUCCAUAAAGCCACUAGAAACGGAUUCCACAGGUUAUUUCAAUUUAUAGAAGGUGCAAAUCUAAACUUCUCCCGAAUUCCAAUGACGGUUCCUAUCUUAACAAGCAUUGUUCCUGAUGCUGGACCCCUCCACUCAUGGGCAUACUAUGUUAGACUCUACUUACCUGCUAAGUUCCAAGAGAAUCCGCCUCUUCCUCUUCCAGAACUGAACCUUCAGCCUACCCCAUGGUCGAGCCGAUCCAUUGCAGUCAGACAGUUCUCAGGAUUUGCGGAUGAUGAUAACAUUGUUAAAGAGGCGGAUAAACUUGCUACCAGCCUGAGCAGGUCUCCAUGGUCAAACUCUACUUCUUCUGCAAGUGGAGACGCCUAUUCUAUUGCUCAGUACAACUCCCCCUUCAGGUUUAUUGGGAGAGUGAAUGAAGUGUGGGUUGAAGUAAAUGAACCUGUUGUUGAUCAUUCCAUAUUCAGUGGAGGAAUAGCUAGCUGAGUAUUGAUUUUCUACAACUGAAUUGGAUAUCCCCAUGGGUCACUAUAGAAGGAUUAGAGAUAAGGCUUAUUAACUUAAGAAGCUGAAGAGAUCACUAGCAGAAGGUAACACUAAUUAGGUAGCCGUCUGGAAUUUCUACAAUCAAUGGUUGGUGGGACCUUCUUGA